AUUUUUAUCGCGUGUAACUGUCAAACUUCAUAGUAAUUUGACAAUUUGAACGUGAUAAAACGCGUUAUAUAUCAUAUCGCGGUGCUCUUGCUAGGAGGGCACAACUUACAUGAAUAUCACGUGGUUUAUUGCGCCUAAGUGUCGCCCGCACCGGCCACUAAUGCACCGAUACAAAACGCCGUCACACCACACCAUCAAAAGUUCUUCAUCAGAGUCCAUAAUGAUCCUGCACGCAUGUGUUAAAAAUAGUAGCAGCCACCGACGGCAAGUGUCUACCACCGGCCACAAGUGGCUGUCGCGCGCUUCAGCUACCUUUGUAGCCGCUUCUAGCUUCUCGUGGCGGCAUUUGUGGCUUUCGCGUGUGGCCCGUGUGCGACGAUCCUAACUGUCAAAUUCCAUAGUAAUUCGACAAUUGAGGGUGAUAAAAACGAGCUAUUUAUCAUAUCGUGGUGCCCUUUCUAUGCAGGCAGGCCUCCGUCACAACAUGUACUUGCGCCCGUUAAUCACCUUUGAUUGAUCAUGGAUGAUCAAAAAGUCGUGGGUUCUCGGAAGCGCUCGUUAUCGCACGCUCUUCGCUGUACACUGCGUUGCAUCGUAAAACAUCGUAUUAUUUGUAUUCUGUAGUUAUUAUUAAUUCAUAGAGCGGUCGGAUAGCGUCUGCCUCUGUCUAUAAAGUCGCGUCCAUUUUGUUCUAAAUUGUACAAAUUACAAUGUUUCAUCGGUACCUAAUUCUUUUGUGAAAAGACGAAGUGUUUACUUUCUCUAUGAUAUUAAGGUUAUGAAUAACCUCAGACAGAAUUGUCAAUGUCCAACUGAUAUUUUAAACACAUUUAAAACUAAUGAAAAAUUGUUAAGGCAUAAUAAAGAUUUAUUUAUUACAGUGUAGUAAGGUCUUUUUGUAACAGUUUUGGAGGAAUAUGACGCGGUUGAGCGAAUGGGUCAGAUACACCUCUUCGAUAAGUGGUAAUUUUACACCAAGAAGCACUCCGCGCAAUAAACGCUGUCGUUUCAAAUGGCUAGUGCCAUUUAUAGGAGGUUUUGCAUUAGGGCAAGUGUAUUACCAAUACAUGCUGAAAAAGAUACCCUUGCCUGGGAAUCUUGGCUUUUACUUGGCUCUAUCUAUAAGCUUAAUUUUAGCUAUAGGCAAUGUAAUGUGUGUACAGCUGCAAUGUAUAUGUUUGCUGUCGAUUCUCAUGUACUGCGGCAAGCCCGGUCGAGGCGUGCUGAAAGUGGUCGUGCUCACCUACGUUAUCGCUGGUCCUAUUACGAAUAUGGGUUUGAAUGCGAAGGAAGUAGUGAGGGUGUAUGCAUGCAGCACGCAACUAUCGCAGAACCUCUCCGGCGCCAAGUUCGAGGUGAUGGGAGAGCCGUUCACAACCGCUGUGCUCGGCUUGAGGCCAGACAUAAGCCAAAUAAAAGAUACUAUAAAAUCAAUUCGCGAUGUUAUAUUACCAAUAGAAAUUGAAAUUGAAGACUACAAAGAACGUAGACGAUCUUCGUACGAGAUUUCGAGCCAACAGUAUCGAAAGACACCAAAAGUCAGCGACGAAGAACUACUGCAAAAACUGUAUUUAAUGAAAUUGGAACGACGCUGUGAAGACCUUGUUGAACGCGCUGUUGCAUUCUGUGCCAAUUUGUUCACUUCCACGUACCGGCAAUGUUUGGACGAGGUGGGUACUGCGUCGUCGUGGGUGCUGUGUCGACCGCUGAAGCUGUGCCACAUCUGCGACUUGAAGGAUCUGAUGGGCUAUAACAUUUGUGAUGCCACAAACCAGACUAAUCCAGGUCUUGGGAAAGGUUACAUCGCUUUGAAAAAGGCAAAGAACAUCGUUACCAGCAACAGAGAAGUUUUACUUCAAUACAAAAUUGAAACUAUCCAUCAGCUCUAUAAUGUUCAGGAUGCAAAGGAAACAGGUGACAGGGUAAUGCACGCAUUUGAAGAGAAAUACAUAGUCAUGCAUUCUGUGAUUACGGCGGUGAACUUGUGCGUGGCUCUGCUGUUCCUGAGGAUAUUCACGGCGGCCGUCGCCUACCACGACCAAUACCUGACGAACAUAGAAUAUGACAACGUCUACAUAACAGGACGAUUCAAGAAAAUAGACCGGAAGCGGAGAAGGAGAAAUCAAUUUGCACUUUUGCCUCUCAAAAAGAUGGAAAGAAGCAGAUACGUGGACGUCCACUCGCUAGGCUACAAGUCCUCAGAACGAGACAAUCUGGUCACGCACAUCCUAAAAGUUCUGCUGGAGGUGGUGACAGCGACCACGUUCGUGAUGUUGGAUCGCCUGUUCUACGAGGCCCUGGAUGUGGUCAGACAGCACGCGGAGAUGGAAUUGCCAACGGCAGGAACUCGGGACUUGGAGAUCGAGAAAAGCGAUUCAAGCGGUGCGUGCCCACUAUCUUUCUGGAGAGAACCUGUUGAGUUUACGUAUAAAGUUCCCUCGGCUGUUGGGUUGGCUGCGAGUGUUCCCGGCGGCUAGGAUGACCUGCCUCAUAUGUGGAGAGACAGAGCCGCGAGAACACGACCAAAAACAGAAUAUAGAAGAUGAUGCUUGGCGUUCUUGCACAAUAAUAAAGUGUCCCUUUGUAUAUUGCUUGGAGUGCUGGCGCGAGGUGGGGGCGCGGUGCUUGGCCUGUGACCCCAGUCUUGCAGAGCUUAGUGACAUGGACUCGUUGAGUGAAGAUGACCUGAAGUACUGAAAAACUACGCAUACCUAAUGGAACUUCGUUCAGUUUUUUCUAUAGAGAUAUUUCUUUGCUAAAUGUGGUUUAUUUUGUGUGUUUGUCUUUGUCAAUAUCAUCCCAAAAGUCAGUUGAGCAAACAAAAAGAAAAUAGUUAUUCUACCCAUAAAUAUAUUCAAUGGUAACUUCUGACAUCAAAAGCUUUUCUCUGCCGUGUCUCUUGUACCAAACACCAGUGGUGCUGUGGCUUGCCAUGGUUAUUGUAAAGUAGAUCUUUAAAUAAAAGUAUUCAUAAUGUAAACUCGUUUUAUUUAAUUAAUUAGUGACAAGAUAGAGACUAAAACCAUAUUGCGUGCGAGAGACAGAGUCCACAGAUUAGGCAAAUUCUUGCACACAUCUCUAAGCCAUAUAUUAACCACAUGACAGUUAUUUCUUAGACCUCUUGCGUGGUGCCACCAUCCAUAGCGCUUAAUUUUCAUAAAUGGAGUGCUAUCACAGGGUGCUAUACAAAGUGCUCAAUCUAAGUACAUUUUAUUAGUCUAGGAGCUACUGAACCAUCUGACUAACCAGAUUCACAUAAAUAUAGUUUUUUCUUGAAAUUAUGUUUUUAUUAUCUGUUAAUAAAGAAAGUACUCGCGUCGAGGUUGCAUCAUCAAACUUUAAAGUUUUGAAAAUGAAAAAAAAAAAUUUUGCCUGCAACCAAAAGGCUACAAUUCUAAUACGUCGUAAUUAACAUAUGAUUAAGCGUAAAACAUGACAACCUAUUCUGAGGGUUGCAGGUAUGUACAAAAUGAUAGCAAAGUCACGGUAAUAAUAUAAUAUUACCAUGGCAAAGUUGUCAUCGGUAUAAUAAUUCAUAGCCUGCUCGCACAAGGCUCAAAUUUGUAUGGAACAUUCCUUUAAUUAUUUCAGAAAUAUACGUAAAUGACAGGAAACAUAGCUGCAAUCCUCAGAAUAGGUUGGUUUUUUUAUGCUUAAUCAUAUUGUAAAUAACGAUAUAUUAAAUUUGUAGCCUUGUAGCAGCAGGUUAAUAAAAUAUUAUUUUAGCAUUUUUUAUUUAAAGAAUGAUGACGCGAGAUGCCUGUCAGAACGGUACUAUCUUUAUAAAAAUACUAGCGGCCGCCCGCGACUUCGUACGCGUGGAGUAAGUUAGAAAUAAAGGUUCACUGCUCGUUCCUCGUAGGUGAUAGCGUGAUAAUAUGUAGCCUAAUGUUGACCCGACUUCUUAAUAAUAUUUGUACCAAAUUUUGUAGUACUUCCAUGCAGUACUUUUUGUGUUUAUCCCGGACAUACAGACAGACGAAAAUUCUAAUAAAUAUAUUUUCGGCUUCGCUGUCGAUUGUAGAUCACACCCCAAGUAUUCUUUUAAAAAAAUAUUCAAUGUACAGUUUUGACUUUUCUACCAUUUUAUUAUAUACUUAUAGAUAAUAAAACAUAAUUUAAAAAAAUCUUGAUUUGUGGAUAACUGGUUAGUCACAUCGUUUUAGUAGCUCUCCUACUAUUAUUUUUUGAUUAAAAUGAAACAAUCAAUAGUAUAUUGGUAAUAAGGCUUUACUGAUUUAAAAUAAACCGUACUCUAAUUGUUCUCCUACCGUCAAAUUACUGACGAACUGUAUGUUAUCCGCUACCUCGUUGCAAAGAUGCGCUAAGCCCGAUAACUGACCAUUCUCCAUUGGACUAAAGUUGUAGACCAGCUGUGAAAUUAAGUUUAAUCUAUGGGCUUAUUUUUUAUACUAAAAACAAGGGAAAACAUUGAUUGGGACACAGCAAGAAAUAUAUUCGAGGUGUUUCUUAAGAAACGCAAACAUUUCAAUUCAUGAAUAUUUCAAUUUCAUCAUCAUCAUCAUCAUUAGCCAAUGGACGUCCACUGCUGGACUUAGGCUUCUGUCAACUUAACGUCUUGAUGUCGUCAGUCCAUCUGGGUAGGGGUCCUUUGACCACCUUGGGACCCCAACAUCCAUCGAACUAUGUGCCCUGGCCAUUGCCACUUUCAGAUAUUUGCGAUCCUUUGAGCUUUGUCGGAUAACAACCAUCUGACCCGUUAUUUUAGUUCUUUUACGAUUUUUCUCAUUUCUUAUCCGAUCACAUAGAAAAACACCGAUGAUAGCUCGAUAGCUCUUUCCAUCGCUCGCUAUGCGACUCUGAGCCUUCUUGUGACUUAACUGUAACUUAUAACAUGUGUAAUAAGUUCGACUAAAUUUACAAUAAUAUUUACCGAUAAGAAUUCGUCAUAUGUUAUCCAGCCGUCGUUAUCGAUGUCUGAUGCUGUGAAUUUCUCUUUUCGAUACUCCAUAGAGCUCUCAUCACCCAAACUCUCGAGUACUGCGCAACUGAAAAUAUCAAAAUGUCCGGCAGACAUGCUGCGAUCACAUUUUUGAAAGUCGAUUAUCAUGCUUUUCGACUUCUCGGCACGCCUAAAGGAACCCUCUAUGGGAAUAGUGAACCACCAUUUGAUCUACGCCAGAUGAAUUAGUAUAACUAGCAUUAAUAUGAAGUUUGCUACUAUACCGUAAGUCUGCGGAUCACCGGCUCUAAGACUAUUAAUACCCCUGUGAGGGAAUAGUGUUGAUAACAAAGCAAUGAAAGCAGUAUGCAGGCUUUUUUUGUUUUAUAUUUACGCCACCCGAGAAGUGUAGGUGCGAAAGUUACCAAUGACGUUCACCUCGAAGCAUGCUUCGCGUCUCUUUCAAAGGAAAUUAAUGUUGUAACAUCGAAACAUCUUAGUGCUUACAAAUCUUCGAAGCCGAGCAUUCCAUUGGUCUGGUUGUCGAACAACAAAAAGAGGCUGUGCAGGUUAGCGAUUGUGACUUCGUUCCAACCCGGGAACCGCUGCACCACCUUUUGCAUACUCCAACGACGGUCUUGCUCCUUCAUCUCCUUUAAAUAAAUUAGAACGAGAUAUUUUUUUAACUAUGACCGAAAAUAUUACAAACAUGGCUGAAUUUCCACUUAAUCGGAACGAAAUCCUAGGUUUCAGAGCUGAGAAGGUGAGGACAUAAUUUUGUUUAUGCCCCGCUCCUUAUGGCUAUUUCACAUUUUUUUUAUUAAGGACAGUCUAUCUACAUAGUAGUCAUUGGUUUAAGCAGUAUAUCUAAACAUUUCAGUGAUAAGAGUUGCUCCCUCUCAUGGUAAUCUUAAGAUCUGCAUACUGUUAUACUAGGUACUUUCUUAAGCACAAGUCGAUAAUGCAGCUACCGACAGCUUGUUUUGAUAAUUGUAUGUGAAAAUAGCUGUAGGAAUCUACUUAUUACAAAUGAGCAGAUAUAUAUUUGAAUUACCAACUUGAUUGUACUGACGCUGCUCCGACAAUCUCUUGUAGAACAAAUCGACCAAAUUGUCAUAAUCUGUCAUCGCCGCCUGUGGAAGCUCGGUGGCUCUUUUUACAGGCUCUCCUAUGAUAUUAUGAUAAAUUAAUUUAAUGGAUCAUAUCACAAUAAUUGAUUCUGAACAAAAAGAGCAAAGUGGAUCUGACCAAGGGGUAUAGCCAUAGUGAUAUCAUGCCAUACAAAUUGUUGUGGUUUUUUUAUGCGGGGUGCUUGUGUUCUGUGGUGCACACAGAUUUCCUGAAUCAUACAUACAGAAAAAAAUACCGUUUAUCACACGGCACACCUCUUUAUAUUUGUUGUUAUAAGUAUAUUUGUGAUGCGCAUGCAUAAUGCCAAAUUAAGCAUAUUAUACUUUGACAGAGCGGAAAACUGCUUUUUUCUGGCUGACUCCCAGCUUCUGUUUUGCUCUAUGUUCCUGAAGUUUUUUGAAAGACAUUAUGACGAACGAAUCAGCGGUGGUCAAAUCUUAAAAAGUAAUAUGGUCAGAUAUUCGAAUCUUUAUAACAGAUAUUUGCGUUAGUUUUGUUCGUGCCAAAAUCGUGGAAUUUUGAAACAAAUCGGUGAAAAAAUUAUCUACCUCAACUCUUGUUAAAUGCAAGUGAAAUCCCCCGAGUGGGGGGCCCUCUCCUUGUAUGGGCCCAUAGCCUUGUGAAGCCCCUGGGCCACAGCCCCGCCUGUCCUGUCUUAAAUCCGGGCCCUGGUUGCGUCUUCUAUAAGUUGGUUACUUUCCCAGAUGGGCGCUUCAAUUUCAGCGGGAAAUCCGCUAUGUCCUACUUCGAUAAAAUUUAUCAGUUACGUUUAACGAUUUAAUUUCUAUCUGUCUUUAUAACAGGAGAAAGAGGAAUAAUUUUUUCUAGUUAUUAAAAAAAUAGCCUAUUUGAGCCUAGGUAUUUGAGGUCGUGUUGUUUGAUAAUUUAUCAAAGCAAGCGUUAUUGUAUUUAAAAAUAUGUUGAGUUAGCUCAGCUCGCACAUUGAGGACGACGAGUAAUGAAAUGCCGUUACAAGCGGAGCCUACGUGUGCACCUGGUACUCAAUAUAUCCGCUUUUUAAUCUGCCCUUUUGUCCUUAGUCCUUCGCCCUGGGCGGCCGACACCCACGCGACGCCGCUGGACGGAACGCUAAAGAAGAUUCUUUUCUUAUGUAAUGUUAAUGAGCAAACCGUCCACCUAAGCUGCAAUAGCAUUAUAGCGCCUUGCUUAUCAGAUAAUAUAUUGUUUGCAGACCCGUAUUUCCCAGUGGACACUUUGGGCAAGUGCCCAGGGCCCCGCAAUCAAUAGGGGGCCCCCUCAGAUCAAAUACAAAGUCCUUAGUUCCUGUUAAAUCACC